GUGCCCAUCCGACUUUAUGUAUGAUGGAACGACCAAACUGUGUCUGAAGCUCGUGAGGGCACCCAGUACGAGUUCAGAUGCCAACAUUAACUGUCUGACACAAGCAGACGACGGAAGGCUGGUACAGUUGGACACCCGGGAAAAGCACGAAUUCGCUAAAUCUUAUCUUCGCAGUCAAGGACAAGGUACAGAUACCUACAUCGGGGGUAUUCGAGACGAUAGUGGCAAGUACACAUGGUUGGAUGGAACAGAGAUCAAGGACGCUAACUGGUGCCCUGGUCAACCUGAGAGCAGAGGAUGCGUGAGCCUGUGGGAAGGCAGGGGCUUCUGUCUGGACGACGUACACUGUAGCGGACGUAUGGCCUCCCUAUGCGAGGUCCCCAUGGAUGAGUAGAAGAGAAGUGUACGCUGUGAUCUGGGAGACGUCAUUUGAUUGCUUUCAACUGAAUAAAGUAUUUUGCAUGAACCUUGAA